UAAGCAGCAAACGUACCGUUGAUCUAGUAUAGUAUUCAACAUCCUUGGUGUUUAGUUAUAUUAACUACUUGAAAAAAAUGAACUUAAAAAGCAUAAUUUGUAUUUUAACCACCAUAUUUUUUAUAAUGAUGUCGGGUGUAUCAGCUUUGGACGAUCCAGAAGCUGAUCGUUUACGUGUACAACCUAAUGGCCCACGACCAGGAGGUUUACCACCACAAAUACCAGGACAAGAUGAUCUACCGGGUGCGUUUGCAGUAGUACGACCACUACUACCACCACAACCACCACAACCAGCACCACCGCCACCACCACCACCGGCGAAUCCAUGAAGUAUCCAUCAUCUGUUUCACAUUCCGAAAAUAUAUAUGCUUACUAAUACGUGUAUAUUGUAAAACGUUCAUCUUUGUUUAUCAUAAUUUAUUGUGUUUCAACCUUCCGAUUUUUCCAAUAACAAUGUAUUCCAAAUUCCAUAUUUUGUUGCCAAUCAUAUUAAAUAUCUAUUACAUAUACCUGUCUACCAAUAAAAAUAAUAUUCACCCGUUUAAGUAAA